AUGUCGUUAUUAAAAAAUUCAUUUUGCCGUUCACAACGGAAGAAUCAAAUUUUGACCCAUCAAGAACAACCACAUACAACCCAAGAAGCAAAAACUAAAAAAUCCUUUCAUAUUCCAUUCUUCAACAACACCUCAAAGACUGCUCCAGCAAAGGAUUCCACCCUUCAAGCUUCUUCACACAGGAAGAGCAGCGUUAACAUGCGACGACAAAAUAUAGUUCAUCGCACAGAUUGCCGACGAAAUACAAUUUGGUCAGACACAGUUGAAGGCGAACUUGUUGCCAACUUGUCACCAAGAGAAUUAAAUCGUCAGGAGGUACUUUUUGAAAUCAUUAAAACUGAAUCUGAAUAUGUUCGCGAUUUACGCUUGGUCGAAGAACUCUUUAUCAACCCCAUCAAGGAAGCCGAAAAGAAACAUCGCAAACAGAUAGUUCCAGAAAACUUAAAUAAAGUUUUCAAUUCCAUUUCAUACUUUUUAUUCAUUCAUGAAGUAAUCAACAGUUGUCUAAGCGAACGUCAAGAAUCUCAAUUCCCAUUGGUUCGAAGCAUAUCCGACAUCCUUUUGCCUUACGUGUGGGUGUUCCGUUCUUAUGCACCAUACCUCAUUCAUUACGAGGAUGCUUUAAGAGAACUCGAUGAAUGUAUUCGAAAGAAGGACAAAUUGGGCAAGCUCGUCAGGAAACAACAAAAACAAACCCAGUGCCGAAACAUGCCCUUGACCACAUACCUCCUCAAACCAUUCCAACGUCUUCUCAAAUACCCACUUCUUAUUACAAAUUUGCUCAAGUGCACAGAUAAGGAUAGUUUUGAUUUUAAUAAGACCGUCUCACUAAAGAGCAAGCUCGAUGAGGUACUCUCAAACGUCGAAGAGCAAAAGCGAUCUCAUGAUAACAUGGAACGCCUUCGAGAACUCGAAACAAGAAUUCAUGGGCUCGGUAGUUUCCGCUUGGCCAUUAAUAAUCGUCAACUUCUCCGAGAAGUUCCGGCAUGUCAAAAUUUAUCUGAGCUCAAGAAGCAGCCAUCCUUCCGAAAAUCACUGACAGUAACGUCAGCGCCCAUGUCAAGUUCAAAACGUCAUUCGGUACGAAAUCUUUACGCUCUCGAGUGUAAUGAUAUCGUUCUUUUGGCGGAAAGAACUGGCAUCACAAAGGAGGGUCAGCCCUUGUACAAGUUGGUCUCUCGUCCACCUGUCGUUGAUGACGAACCUGUCAUGGUUGAAAAACCAGAGGAUUCCGACAUUUAUUUUGAAUAA